AAAGCUUUGCUAUAAGAUCUUUGGGCAGGGGCACGCGCCCUUGUGGAGUGAUGAGGCGCCGGCCACGCGCGAUCAGAUCAGAUCAGAUCACUGUUCUCUCUGUGGCGGCGCGGUGCUCGGUGUCGAGUGUUCGUCCGUCCGUCCUCCCCGACCCACACCGAGAGCCAGUGUUCAUGUCGGCCAAUUCUCCUGUCAACUUGUUGCUAAUAUUCGGCUCCGCAACCUUCUACCUGUACGUGCUGUCCAGGAACCUACCUCAUGCGACGUAUAAGCGGGAGUCGGUGAGCGAGGAAGAGAGCCAGGAGCAGAGGUCGUUGACGUUUCCAUCUGAUCUUGAAGAGUUGCGAGCAAUUGCUGGAUUGCUGUAUUCAUACAAAGCAGAGCACACUGGUUAUGUGUUGUUACUUUUCUGCAGUGCGUACCUCUACAAACAGACAUUUGCAAUCCCUGGCUCAUCCUUCUUGAAUAUAUUGGCAGGUGCAUUAUUUGGACCAUGGCUCGGCCUUGCCUUGUGCUGUGUUUUAACUGCCAUCGGAGCAACUUUCUGCUUCCUGCUCUCCAGGGCAUACGGCAAACAGUUUGUUGUACGUCGAUUUCCUGAGAAACUCGCAAUACUGCAAGAAAAGGUACAAGAGAAUAGGAACAGCCUGUUUUUCUUCCUCUUGUUUCUCAGGUUUUUCCCCAUGACACCAAACUGGUUCCUCAACAUCACAUCUCCUAUCCUGAAUGUCCCUCUUACCCAUUUCUUCUUCUCCAUUGUUGUUGGUCUUCUUCCUUAUAAUUUUAUCUGUGUGCAAACCGGCUGCAUCCUAUCUGAGAUCUCCUCACUAGAUAUCCUGUUCUCAUGGUCCAUUCUCGUGAAACUGCUAGCCAUUGCCAUGGUGGCACUUGUGCCAGGUGCUGUAAUCAAACACUGCAGCCACCACCAGCUGGGCGAAAAGGUCAAAAAUGGUCAUGUAGAUAAUGGUCGAAAAACUCAAUGAUUGAUGCUAAUCUUCUGCGAUUUACAAUUUUAUAAUAUUAUGAGAGUCUUAAUAUGAAGAAAUCUUCCUGAAAUGUAGUUAUAUUUGUACUGUAGAUGCCUGUUCAGUAGAAUCUGAACCAUAGAAUUUAAAUAGUGUUCAAAGCACUAAAUGUGCAUUUUUCUACGAGCUACCUGUUUGGGUUAAAUCCGUUUGGGUUAAAUCUGUCCAACUUACCCACCAGUUAAUUCUUCACACAAGUGAAGUCAGAUAGUUCAUCAUUUCUAAAACUCAGAACACUGCACUAACGAGUAGGUUGCUGUCUUGCAUUACGGGUAAUUAAAAUACUGUCAAUAAGUACAGAGAUGAGAUGGGUGUUUUUAUUAAACCACUUAAAUUCUCAGCUAGUCAGAAUCAUGACAAUUAUUUUCCUUAAAUGUAACUGUUUAAGUCUAUUUGUUUUUGACAAUUAUCAAUUGAUACGAAAAAGCCUUUGAGUAAAGUAACAGGAGAAGCAGCAUUUGCACUGUUUCACUUCAGUUUAUGUGGAUUAGUCAAGCUAUAGCUUGCUGAUGUCACUAGUCUUUCCAGAUUAGGGAGCAGAGCAUUAGGGCUAUAGGUCUAAUGGUUCUAGGUCCUUUAAGGGCCUGUCCCACUUGGGUGUCACCACGUCACGCAGAUGGCGCGCAAAGAUUUUGUACAUCCCAAAAUCCUGGGGUGCAUCGUGCAUCGUGACACGUAAAUGAUGUUGUGUAAAUGACGCCCAAUUGGGACAGGCCCUUUAGUCUUUUUGAUUGUCAAGUCUUGCCGGUGAUCUAGGUAUCCUUGGGCCUUUGUUUAUUUGGACUCUUCCUUGGGCCUCCAUUUAUUUCAAUACUUUAACUACAUUUAUUUGGCAUCAUGGUUCCAUGUUUCUCCAGAUCUCCUUACAAUAUGAGGUAAUUCUAUCUAUCAAGUCAAUGCCAGCUCACAGGGUAGUCCCAUUCCUCAAUUAAGUUUUCCUGUACUAUAUUUCCCCCACAUUCCCAUUAAUUCCAUCACCAUCCUACACCAGGGGCAAUUUACAAUGGCCAACCUGUACAUUUUUGGAUAGGGGAGUGUGGGGGAACCUCUUGCAGUCACAGGGAGAACUUGCUAAUACCAUUAGAAGUCGGAAUCACACCCGGUCACUGAAGUUGUGAAACUGCUGCCGAGUAAUCAGCAUUUCUGAAGCACUUAUCUUUUAUUCUGAUGUCUUAAAAUUCAAGAGUUCUAUGCAUAGAAUUAUGGGAAUGGUGAUAACAGUUGAUGGAAAUUUUAACCUCUUAACAGUGAAUAGAAAUUUGACAGGAUACGAAUAGUGACAUAAUUUUCCCUUCCUGCCCAAUCUACUUCGUUGUUAAAUUAAUAAAAAGUAAAACCAGCUUUGUUGGAUAACUCUUUCAAAGAACAACAGUGACAAAUGGCCUCCUGUUCCAUAGGAUCAAAUGAUUUAUAUUGUCCUGGAGAGUCACACGUCCUUCAAUGGAUUUUAUCCUACAGUCAUCUGAAACAAUGGCAAAAGACUACCAGAGCUGAGCUGUAAGGUCUAGUUUCAAGGGCAUGUUACUUGAUUUACAGUCAACUGUAUUCUUUAUUAAAUUAAAAAUAGAAUUGCCUGUUAAUUGUGGCAGUGCAGUGACAUCUUUGUCCUGUGUUCAGUGGCAGUGAAUUGUAGCUUAAUUUUAGCCGUAUGCAGAAUAUUUCAUCUCAGUGCUGCAAAACUACUCGGAGAACAGUAGCUAGAAUUUGUUGUGCCCACGUUCACCUUUGCAUUUAAAUAUAAAAAUUCUUCAGAAAAAUGAAGCUUUAAAGCUUUUUUAUAGUGCCUUUCACUCUUAAUAUUUUGUCUGCAAACCCAGUGACCUCUUCAAAUUUUUAGUGAGAUUGGUUCGGCACAAAUAUUGUCUAGAGUGCCCUGUGAAUUUAAUGAAUGUCCCAGAUUUCAUCUGAAGGAUGGUAUUUGCAGUAUUGCAGUGCUCUUAGUACUGCAUCGGAAUCAGAGAAACGAUCCCUGCUUGACACUCCCUAAAUUGUAUGUUGGUUUACAUAGCUCAUUGCAUAAUCUUAAGUAUGAUGCUAAGGGAAUGAAUUGCUCUGUUCAAAGGAUGAGGAUUCUAUUUACGAGGAUGUAGGCAGGACUCAAGAGUCUGAGCUAUAGGGAGAAGUUGAGCAGGUUAGGACUUCAUUCUUUAGAAGGCAGAAGGAUGAGGGGUGACCUUAGAGGUGUACAAAAUCAUGACAGGAAUAGAUCGGGUAAAUGCGCAUUCUUUUGCCCAGAGUAGGGGAACCGAGAACCAGAGGACAUAGGUGAGGGCAGAAAGAUAUAACAGGAAUCUAAGGGAUAACUUUACACACAAGUUAGUGGGUGUAUGGAACAAGCUGUCAGAGGAGGUAGUUGAGGCACGUACUAUCUCAAAGCAUUUAGACAGGUACAUGGAUAGGAUAAGCUUAGAGGGAUAUGGGCCAACUGCAGGCAGGUGGGAUUAGUGUAGAUGGAACGUGUGGGUAAGAUGGGCCAAAGGGCUUGUUUCCUUGCUGUGUGGCUGGGGCUGAGGCAAGACAUUUUAUCUGUAUGGGGAAUAUGCAUUGCCCCCAGUUUUUCCUUGACCUUGGUCAGUGAAAUUAAGUGAUAGGAUCAUUCUCCAAUAUUUGAAAUGUAAUUGUGAAAUGUGCAUAGGGAUUGGCUCUCAGCUGAGAGUAAACUGCAGUACUCCCCAGUAUGUUAACAUACAAGAGGAUUGGUAAGCUUUGAAUUUCAAUACAUCCCAGUAAAAGUCGUCUGAAGAUUGAUAAUUUGCAUAUGAAGUUUUCUGUAAUUACUUUCCAAUGGAAGACAAUGCAUAUUCUUUUGCAUCGAGUAGAUUUCAGCACAGACAUAGCCACAUAACUAAAUGUCUUUGACAUGGUUCUCUUUGCCUGCAGUCCCACUAUCUUCACUUCAGCUUGGCACCCGUAAGUCCAAGGUUAUACAAAAACAUUAAGUGAUUGAAUGUGUAAACACCCUAACAAUAGGCUUGUUUGAUCCAUCAUUGAAGGUUUAAGAGCAGAGCUGUGUUAAUGCACAUGUCUGCACAGUUCCGUCCUGGCAUUGAACAUUGGAAAUGCAACCAUGCAAAGUUAACAAGAUGUUGCCAACUACAAAAUCAAGCAUGGCUACUAAUUUCUGUUUGGUAGCUGCAAUAUAAUUUGCACCCGAAGAGAGGAUUUGUGGUUAAUGCACCAUAUUGAGGUGUAAAUGGAUUUUGAUGCACUUUUUAAAUUGAUUUCUUGGAUUUGUAAUCUUUGAUGAUCUUGUCAAGUUUUUAUAAACCAAAAAAGUCAGUAUUGCUUUAUAUAUUGUGAAUGAUAUUUUCUAUAAAAAUUGUAGAUACAUCCCAGUAUCUCCAAAAAACUUUGACUUUACCAAAGGAGUGUUUACAUUGCAGGUUUUUAGUGAUUGCACUUCAUUUUCUCCGCAUUAAGUGGAAUGGAUCUGUGAUUUUAAAUUUCAUGUGUGAUUUGUUUAAAUGUGCAGCACACUUUGAAAUAAUAAAAUAUUAUAAAAUCAA